GCACAAGAAACACUAACCAAAAGCAAGGAAGUGAGUUAUAACCUGGUUGAUAUUGUCAACCAGGUUAUUACAAACGUCUCUAACAUCAAUUUCUCUCCCAACUUUGCUCCUUUUUACUACAAUCAAUCAGGACCUGUGCUGCCGAUCCUUUGCAAUCUGUUUAAUCCCGACUUAACAUCUCACAACUGUGGUCCUGCUGAAGUGGACUUGGACAAUGCAACUCAGGUUUUGAACAACUAUGUCUGUCAAGUUUCUCCGAGCGGCAUUUGUAUCACACCGGGACGUCUGACUCCGACACUCUACAGCCAGAUGGCUGCUGCUGUAAACAUGAGCUCUGGAUUGUACCAUUAUAGUCCAUUCUUGGUUGAACUGCAAAAUUGUGAUUUUGUUAGGGAAACUUUUGGUGACAUAUACAACAUACAUUGUCCUGGUCUGCUGCAAUACAGCAAACGCGUGUAUGUUGGGCUAGUGAUGGUAACUAUUGCAGUGCUACUUUCUGUUACAUUCUGGAUAAUAUAUGCAAGAGAGAGGCGCCACCGCGUCCAUAAGAAAGAACCUAUGUCCAAACUUGAUGAAGGAGUUGAAGUUAAAGGGGAUAAACCUACUCAUGAAGAGUAAGUUGCUUCAUUUCUGUGCAUUAGUACUAGCUGAGAGGUGUAUUGUGUUUGUUGUAACUUGUAUUGAAUUUUUCUUGUAUAUACUGAAUCACUAAUGGCUGUUCAAAAAGCCUAAGGUGUAUUGUUUGUUGAUGUUCCCAAAGAUUUUAGGGGCUGAACUAUCAGUAUCUUGAUCAUAGCAAACAAUAUUGUAGAUUGAUGUUAGUGAAUCAACCAUGAUUUUGAUUUUUGAUUGA